AUGAUAUUCAUUAAAAAACAUUUGCGGUUUCUGAAAGCGAAGUGGUCAAUUUUUGGGGCAGUAAUUAUAUUGUUAAUCUUCAUAACGAUUAGCGAAACUUCAAGGAAAUAUAUUGAUUAUCUAACUCAUAUUUCAAUCAAUGGGCAUGCUAGUUCGGAUGACAUAUUUGGCUAUGAGGAUAUCAGGAGAGUUGAUGCAAAAAAAGCCGAAGUAUAUAAAUUUUGGGAUGAAAUAUUCCAACUUGUAGGGGACAACAGAUUACGCCUAAGCAACUAUGAGUAUAGAAACGCAGUAAGUUACACUAAUACUGCUGGUAAGAAAAUAAAGAAUACGAAAGAAGCAUUGUUAUCUAAGGCAGUUAUACCUGACAAAGUGUUAAAAGAGUUGAAAACAAGACAUAAAAGCCUACUCGAAGGGUUGCCAUCAACAUUACCUACAACAAGUUAUCGCCUGGGUACUAAUGGAAUUGUAUUUGUUGGUGGAGGAAGAUAUUCCUGGCUAUCUUAUUUAUCACUUUUGGGCUUGAGAGAGACAGGGUCCAUAUUGCCAGUGGAAUUUGUAUUACCCACACAAGGUGAUUUCAAUGAAGAACUUGAGUUUUGUAUUGAAAUUCUUCCUAAACUUAAUGCUUCAUGUGUUGUUAUACCUGAGGCUUUUGGAGCAGCAGCAAUGCAAGCAUGGAAUAAUAAAAUUAAAUCAUAUCAGUUUAAAUCAUUGGCCUUAUUAGCAUCUUCUUUUCAAAACGUUUUAUUGUUAGAUUCCGAUAAUAUUGUGAUAGAAAACCCUGACCCAUUUUUUGAUAGUGAUCUAUUCAAGAAAUACGGAAUGAUUACCUGGCCUGACUACUCGGAACGUACAAUCUCUCCACAUUUCUAUAACAUUUCAGGUGUUGUGGUCAAUGAGAGAAAACGAGCCAGAUAUCUGCGUCUUCCAAUAAGCUGUGUAGAAAGUGAGGAUAACUUGUCGGAGAAUGAAACGAAUUCUGUACCCUUCCAUGACUUAGAGGGUGCUGUUCCUAAUGUAUCAACGGAAUCGGGCCAACUCUUUAUUAAUAAGCUAUCGCAUGGGAGAACCUUGUUGUUAUCGUUGUAUUAUAAUUUGUACGGACCCAAAUUGUAUUAUAAGUUAUUUUCUUUGGGUGAGUUAGGGGAAGGUGAUAAAGAUACUUUUGCAGCCGCUGCAACUGUAUUAAAACAAGAGUUCUAUCAAUUGAAAUCUUCUAUUAAGAGCAUAGGACAUUAUGGUAGAAACAAUCCUUAUCAAGGGAAAGCAAUGGCACAGAAGAAUCCAGUCAAAGAUUAUGAAAUAUUCAAGGAAAAAGUUUUGAAACCUCUUACAGAGCAGGAGAAGAAAAACGUACCGCUCAAUGAGAGUGUUCAACAUGCGAAGAAAAUUAUGAAAGAUCAUUUUACUUCAGAUAAUGAUAAUCCAAUUUUCGCAAUGCAUUGCCGUUUUCCAAAACUUGACCCAGCUGAGAUUAUGCUGAGGAAGAAAAUAUAUGAUAAGGCUAAUAAAAGAUUGAACUAUAGGAUGUACAAAGGCUUUUCAUUUGAAAGAAGAUUGGCUGCAAACGAUACUAUUACAAUAGAUUUUGAAUUAAAUCAAUGGUCUAAUAUGCAAAGAGCCCUAUGUAUAAAGAAACUUUACUUUAAGUAUUUUGGCCGAGAUAAUACGGAAAUAUGCAAGUUUAUUGAUAACCAAGUCAAUUGGUUAUCGAAAUCUUCAACAUAA